UUCUGACGUCUAUUGUCACAUUUGUCAUUUCCAUUUGAUUUGUGCACGUGUGUUCUAUAAGUGUUGUAAACAUUACUAUUUAGAAAUAGCAGAAUAAUAAAAAUGACUGACGAAACGCAGAGUAAAGUCUUAUCAAUUGUAGCAAACAUUGUAAAUAGCAGGGAAAACAAGGAUGUUACAGAAAAUAGGGAAACACAAGGUAACGAAACAUCAAAGUCCCAGAAGAAAAAUAAGACAGAUUCUACUAUAAAAGGUCGUCCAAAAUCAGGAAAGUUCUGGAAAUCUAGCAGGGAACGAUUUUCAUCAAUAAAUAAAACAAAAGGCCUCAAACAAGAUUUCGAAAAGAAAACAGCCUUGCGCUUAGAAUCAAAAAGAACAAAAGAAUUAUCAAGGCAAGUUAUGGAGCAAUUGAAAGAGAAAGAAGUAAAACGUAAAGAACGAAGACGAGAAAAUCUGAAGAAGACUGAAGAAAAUAGACGUAAAGCAGAAGUUGUUCAAGUUAUAACAAAUACAGCAAAACUAAAGCGCAUGAGGAAAAAACAACUGAGAUUUAUCGAAAAGAGGGAUACUAACAAGGAGAUUGAAGCCAAUAAAUAGAUCAUUUUAUAAA